AAGAUGGCCUAAACACGCUGCAAAUUAAAUUGCGAUGAGAUCAGCAGAGCUAGCCACAAUUAACAUGUCUAUGGGAUUUGCACUAAAAGUGUGGAGCUAGCAUUUUGUGUGCAAGUUGCACUAUGGUAACAAAACUAGCAGCUGCUCGUAUAUAUGUGUGUGGGUGUGUGUAAAAUUCAUGGAAUCGAUGCUCGAUCGAUCGAUAAAUAGCUUUAACCAACUUUUGUUCUAGGUAUGCCGGCCAACAUGCGUGCAAAAACAAGUAUAUGUAGUGUAGAUGAUGCAGUGGAAGAAAUUAGGUACCAACGAAUUGGGCAUUCACAAAGCAUGCCCUGCCCCUUCCACGCACUUGAAGGGCCAAAGUAAGCUGCCUAUACGUACGUACGUGCGAUCGAUCGAUGCUGUCCAUGCCGUUCCGGCUGCAGCUAGGGCCAUCCGUCACCGAUCGACCGUAACGUACGUACUACUUGCAGGGGUACUACACCACGCACUACUGCUGCACGUACGGCUAGCUAGGAUAUAUAGUGGAACAUUCAGUAGAUGAUAUUGCUCGGUCACUUUUCUCACCGUGAGAUUGUGGUCACUAUAUAUACCACAGAGCACGCCGAGGGAUCGGGGAGAGAUGACGACUGACUCUGUGAGCUAGGGGACUGAGAUGAUACUUGAGUAUUUUUUUAUUGACCCUUAAAAAUGCUGUAAUUAAUUAAGCAGGUCUAGCGCUAGCUCUUUAAUUAACCUUGCAAGAUUUGAUAAUUAAUGCAUGGUGGAGUACGACUGUGUGAGAUGCAUAUAUACCAUUUCAACCUUUCAUGCCCUCCUGCGGCCGUGCAUUGAUCCUCAGGAGUCAGAGAUGCAUGGUCUCUUACAAUGUUCCAGUGGUCUUCUUGUUUGGAUUAUACUGUAUUGAUCGGCGAUCUUUUCGCCGCAUCGCAGUUGCGCACUACACUAUAGAAGUACCAUAUAUGUAUCGUGCAUGACCUGCUGCUAGCAUCCACACGUGCGUUUCUUUUCUUUUCUUUCCGGCCGUGCGCGUCCAGGUGGAAGGCACUGCACGGUUAAUUUCCUUGUAAUUCAUACACUACACAAAAUAAAGUAUACGGAGAUGACCGAUCGACAUCAAUAUGGAUGCAUGCAUACAUGUCAUAGAGGAUCGAUGAGCUCAGCUAGCUAGCUCCAAAAGCAGUGGAGUGGCAAGAGUGGCCACUAAUUAUGGUUGAAAGAAACAAACUCCUACUUUACUCUUGUUAAUUUAUUUAUAUACGCUGCGGGCUGAUUUCCAUUUUACAAUUUAUAAAUUGAUUUGGAGCACAGAUCGAUACGUGCAGAGACCUAGCAGUAACAGGUCGAUCAAUAAGAUGGCAUGCAUGCAGUUGCAGCUGACGCGCACCGAUCCUAUAUAUAUACGUACGAUGCAAACGAUGCAUUGCAUUGCAUGCAUGGGCCAAUAAGUAACUAAUAAGCCAGACAAGCCAAGCGACUAAUAUAUAGUUAGAAUCAGAAAGAAUGCCACCGUCGUCGGCGGCCACCACCGGCGGCGCCGUCCAUAAACCAAUUAUCAUGCCGCCCGAGUCGGAGAGGCAGAUCAAUAAUCUUCCAGACGUACUGCAGCCCCGCCGGCGGUGGCGGUCCUCGCUCGCCACGGGCUUCCGCUCGGCCCUGGCCUGCACCAUCGUCGGCGUGGCCUCCAUCUACGCUCCGCUCGUCAUCCGCCGCCACCUCACCUUCCCGGCCUUCUCUUACGUAGUCACCGUCAUCGUAGUCACCGACGCCACGCUGGGCAGCUCCCUGCGCGGCGCCCUCAGCGCGGUCCACGCCACGGCCAUGGGCGCAGUUCCAUCGGUGCUGCCACUCUGGCUGGCGCACCGCACCGGCGCCGGGGAGUCGGUGCUGGCGACGACGGCGGUGGUGGCGCUGAGCACGUUCGCGGUGGCGGUGGCGGGGUCGGCGGGGACGGUGGCGAAGCGGAUCGCGCUGGGGCAGAUCAUCAUCAUAUACGUGGCGAGGUUCAGGGAGGAGAGAAUGCGGUCGGAGGCGGUGCUGCUGCAUCCGGCAAACGUGGUGGCGUGCACGGCGCUCGGGGUGGUGGCGGCGCUGCUGGGCGUGCUGCUCCCCUGCCCGAGGCUGGCCACGCGCGACGCCACGGACAAGAGGCUCGCCUACUUGGAGGUGGCGGCGGAGAGGGUCAGGCUGCUGGCCGACGCCUUCCAGUUGCACUUCUCCAGCGACGAGGCUGCAGGUGAUGAUGAGGAGAGAGCAUCAUCUUGUCGUUGCCGCAGACGGCGGCGGCAGUGCGUGGCCGCGUGCAUCAUGUCGCAGGCCGACCGCGCAGCCUCCGCCGGCGCCCUCCUCCUCCGCCGCAUAAGCUCCGCACAAGGUGACUUGCAGUGGGAGCGAAUGCCGGCGCUGCUGAAACGGUGGUGCAGCAGCAGGUGGGAUGACGACGACGAACAAGCUUGUGCGCGGCUGCACGAGUUGAUCGAGAUGCCUCUGCGAGGGAUGGAGAUGGCCUGCACCCACAUGCUGCAGCAGCCAUGUUGGCCUAACACUAACACUAUCAGCAGCAUCUGCACGACACCAACAUGGCUGCAGCACGCUACCGACCAUGUACGCCUGGCUUUGCUCACAAAACGCAUUCCCAGCUGCAGCAACACAGGCACAGGCAGCAUGGAGAUGGCCAAACUAGCGCCGGUCUCUGUUGGUGCUCUGGAGCAGCAGCAGCAGCUGGCUCCUUUCCUCUUCUUCUUAUGCUUGGAUCUCCUCCUCCAAGGAUCUCAUCCGGCGCCCCAACGUCCACCUAAGCUGCUGCUGUCUGUGUCUGCACACUCAGACGCUGCUGCCUCCCAAGUGAAGGUGAUCCCAGCAGCAACAACAAAAGACGACGAUGAAGAGCAACCGGAGCAGACGAGGAAGAAGAAACACCAGUGCCCUCGGCAAACGACAAGAAGCACCAUGAGGAGGAGGCUGGUGGCCGCGGCCAAGUGCAGCUUCUCGCUGGGCCUCGCCGUCCUGCUCGGCCUGCUCUUCAGCAGCGACCACGGCUUCUGGUCGGGGCUCGUCGUGGCCACCACCAUGGCCACCGGCCGCGAGUGGACCUGGGCUCUCGCCAUUGCGCGUGCUCACGGCACCGCUCUCGGAUCCGUAUAUGGCGCGCUGGCCUGCCUUGUCAUCGAUCGCAUGGAGCUGCGCUUCCUCGCCCUGCUCCCCUGGCUCAUCCUCACUGCCGGCUUCCUCAAGCGCAGUCGUGCCUACGGCCCCGCUGGCGCUGGGGGUGUAGCAGCUGCGGUGUCUGGCAUCAUCAUCGUUGGCCGCCGCUACGACGAGCCGCCCAUGGCCUUCACCGUCGCACGCCUGGUGGAGACCUUCAUAGGCCUCGCCUGCAUCAUCGUGGCCGACCUCGUCUUCCAGCCCGCCGCCAGGCCGUCCACCAAGGCCACGGCACAGCUCGACCGCUGCCUCGCCGCACUCAAAGGCUGCUUCAGUCGGGGACGACAGACGACGACCAAAGUGAAGGUGAAGGCGGUGCAGGAGCAGGUGGCCCUGCUGGAGAGAUGCGUGGCAGAGGCUGCCGGCGAGCCCCAUUUCCCGUGGUCGCCGCCGUUCCCGGCGAGCUGCUACCACAAGGUGGCGGGGAGCCUUGGCAGGAUGGCGCAGCUGCUCUACCUCUACACACAGGCACAUCCAACUCCAAUACCAGCAGCAGACGAGGAUGCAACGCAGCGCUUCCACUGCCUCGUCUCCGCAUCCCUGGAGCGAAGCGCCGACCUCCUCCUCCGACUCAGUCGUAUCAGCAGCAGCAGCAGCAGAGACGAGGAGGACCUGGAGGCCGGCAUCCGGGUCAGCAGCGGCAGUGACACCUGUUGCUGUGACGACGAGGAUGCACCAGAGAUGCUGGUGCGGUCGUUCCUGUCACAGCAGCAGCAGCAGCAAGAUCAAGGAGUAGCAUUAGCAUUGGCUUCCAUUGGGUUCUGCAUGGGAGAGAUGGCCAAGGAGGCCCUCCAGCUGGAGGCCUACAUGCUCGACCUCAUACUCCUCGCUCAUUAGCAUCUACUCUACUGUACCUCUCUAUUCUGUUUGUCUACAACAGCACAUAAUCAAUUCAAUCCUCUUGCCAGGCUGCCAAGCUGCAUGCUUGCUUUGCUUGUGUGUCCAUCAA